AUGGGCGGCACUGUUCUAAUCACCGGAGCCAACGGCACCUUGGGCCUUGAAUUCGUUCGAGCCCUUCUUGAUUCAUACCCUGAGUACACGGUGGUCGGAACUGUCCGAGAUCCUUCGCCAAAGUCUGACCCGAACACGGCCAACCUUGUGCGAAUAGUCAAAGAACACCCAGGAGCCAAGGUGCACAUCCGAUCACUCGACCUGGGCAGGCUGGCAGAAGUGCGUAGCUUCGCAGACCAACUAUCCACCCAGAUCAGUCGAGGAGAGCUCCCACCACUCUCGGCCAUAGUAUGCAAUGCCUUCGUCUGGUCCCUGGUCUCCGGGUUGAAGUUCACAUCAGACGGAUUUGAAGCCACUUUCCAGGUCACUCACCUGUCGCAUUAUCUCUUGGUCCUGAAGCUACUGAGGAGUAUGGACAUGACCUCGGGACGUGUUGUGAUGCUGGGUUCAAUAACACACUACCCCGAGAAAGCAAACCCCAUGUCAGCCUUUCGACCAGAAAUCCCUGCAGACAUCGAAGGUCUUGCGAGGCCGAAGCCAGAUCGUCCAGGAGAGGCACAUGAUCGAGGACAACAGCGAUACGGGACGGGCAAACUCUGCAAUGUGACGUUCAUGCAUGAUUUGAACAAGAGACUUCAAGCGAAUCCAGAACUAUCGGCCUUGACGGCACUUGCAAUGGAUCCUGGCGGUCUCGCCGCGUCCAGAGCUCAAGCCGAACAGAGAAAAAGUGUCAGGAGAAUCAUGGCUGCCGUGAACUUCUGCAUGCCUCUUUUGAAGCAUUUUACGCAAAUGUUCAGACCCACAGCCGAUGCGGCGCGGGACCUUGUCGAAGUCAGUGUUGGAGCACAGUUUCAGGGAAAGAGAGGAUACUAUGUUGGCUGCAAACUAGGUGAUUCUGCUGCCAUGAGCAGAGAUCCCGAAGUUCAAGCAAGACUAUGGGACGCAUGCUGGAAAUGGGCUGGUCUCAAGUCCGAAGAAACGAUUCUCUGA